AUGUCUGGUGCAAGUGUAACGAGCGCCGAUCAGCAGCUCAUUAACAAAUUCGCACGUCUUCACCAGAGCUUCACGCAAAUCAAGGAGGAGAUCAAAGAACUUUCGAACGACCUACUAAACAUCAACGAAGCAGCUGAUGAAUUAUUGUUGUUGGAUGAGGAAGAUAACGAUUCUAUCCCUUUUCGAAUUGGUCAAACGUUCGUUCAUUUUGAUAGCGACUCAAUGACUUCCAAAUUAGAUCAACUGAGAGAGGAGACGGAGCAAAAAAUCAAGCAAUUAACGGAUGAGAAUGAUUCAUCGCAAAAAGAGAUGGAGAAUUUGAAGAGAACCCUCUAUGCAAAGUUUGGAGAUCGCAUCAAUCUCGAAUCUGGAAAGGACUAA